AUGAUCCAACCCAAGGAAGGUUACUACAUCGGCAUUGAUGUCGGAACAGGUAGUGCACGCGCCUGCCUCAUUGACCACCACGGCGAGAUUGUCGAUGUGGCGUCGGAAAACAUUGGUCUUUGGCAACCACAACAAGAAUACUACGAACAAUCAACCUCAGAUAUUUGGCGAUGCAUCUGUCUCGUUGUCCGCCGGACUCUCGACAAUAAGAACAUCCCACCCUCUCUGGUUCACGGAAUCGGGUUCGACGCAACUUGCUCAUUGUCUCUUUUCUCAGCUAAGACCGAUCAACCUGUCUCCGUCACUGGUCCCGAUUUCAACACCGACCGCAACGUCAUUCUUUGGUUGGAUCAUCGGGCCACCAAGGAGACGGAAGUCAUCAAUGCCACUGGUCAUAAUGUUCUACGAUACGUGGGUGGAAAGAUGUCACUUGAGAUGGAGAUUCCGAAGAUUCUUUGGUUGAAGAAUAAUAUGCCAGAGGAAAUGUUUUCCGACUGCAAAUUCUUCGAUCUUGUUGAUGCUUUGACGCAUAUCGCUACGGGUGGAGACACGAGAAGUUUUUCGAGUAUGGUUUGCAAACAGGCAUAUCUGCCGAAGGGUGUGGAUGGUAGUGAGAAAGGGUGGCAAGAGGAUUUCUUGCAAGACAUUGGGUUAGGUGAGCUUGGCGAUCGUGGGUUUGGUCGUAUUGGAGGUGUGAAUGGAGAGACCGGUCGCCACUUGCAUGCUGGUGAAUUCGCUGGAGGGCUUUGUGAGGAGUCUGCCAGACAGUUAGGGCUCAACCCAGGAACUGCGGUUGGAAGCGGCGUGAUUGAUGCGUACGCAGGGUGGAUAGGCACCGUCGGCGCCAAGGUCGAAAUGGACAUGACGAGACACUUGAUCAACGGAGAUCUUAUCCGCAGUGGCUCUAACGAAAGAAAAGAAGUGUUCUCACGAUUGGCCGUUGUCGCAGGAACGUCGUCGUGUCACAUUGCAAUGUCGCCCGACCCCGUGUUUGUCCCUGGAGUUUGGGGUCCAUAUCGAGAUACCACCUUCCCCGGCUGUUGGAUGGCCGAAGGAGGGCAGUCUGCUACUGGGCAGCUACUCAAGCACGUGCUUGAAACCCACCCUGCGUUCGAGGAAGCACAAACUAAAGCCCAAGGUCUUGGUGUGAAUAUUUUCGAAUUCCUGAACUCCAAGCUCCAGGAUCUAGCGAUCGAGCGGAAACUGCCCAGUAUUGCAGAUUUGGCCCGACAUUUCUUCUUUUAUGGAGACUUGUUUGGGAACCGGUCACCACUCGCAGACUCGUCCAUGAGAGGCUCGAUUGUUGGUCUUUCAAGCGAUGUCUCUAUCGACGCUCUGGCAAUUCACUACUAUGGCACAUUGGAGUUCAUUGCAUUGCAAACCAAACAAAUUGUGGACACAAUGAAUGGAUCAGGACACCAGAUCCGAUCAAUUUUCAUGUCCGGGUCGCAAUGUCAGAAUCAAAUCUUGGUCAACCUGAUUGCCUCCGCUUGCAACAUGCCUGUCGUGAUCCCGCGAUACAUUCAUGCCGCGGUUUGCCACGGGGCUGCGAUGUUGGGAGUCAAAGCGGCUAGCGUGGACGCCAAAGGUAAGACCGCCGAUCUGUGGGAUGUGAUCGAUCACAUGAGCCAGCCGGGAGAGGCAUUCUACCCUUCCACCGAUGAGCAUGAGAAUGCGAUACUCAAGGCCAAGUACCAGAUCUUUUUGGAUCAAAGCUCAAGGCAACGUGAAUACCGGGCAAUCAUGGACCGAGCAACAUGUUGA